AUGGAAGUGCCAACAAACGGCUCAAGUUUUGGGAUCGACUCUUUGCUCUCGCACAGACCAGCGAGUCCGCGCGUCUCCACAGCCGCAGCGCGCGCUUUAACGGAAGACUGUCGCUCUCCGGCUUCUAGCCCGCGCUCAGAGCUGGACAGUGACUGCUCGUCUCCACCGUCCCCGAGGCGAGAGUCUGACCCCGGGUCUCCGUUAGUAAUGUCGCAGCCGAGAACAGUGACGUCCUCUUUUUUAAUCCGGGACAUUCUGGCCGACUGCAGGCCGCUCGCCGCGUGCGCGCCGUACACCAACAGCGGAAACUCAGCGCGCGAGACGGAGGACUACACUGACAGACUGCACAGCAACUCAUCAUCUGAUAGCGAAUACCGGGCCAAAGAUGAGCCGGAACGGGAAAUCUCCAGCAGCAGAGAGAGUCCGUCCUCCAGGCUGAAGAAGCCCCGCAAAGCACGCACGGCCUUCACCGAUCACCAGCUCGCGCAGCUCGAGCGCAGCUUUGAGCGCCAGAAGUACCUGAGUGUGCAGGACCGCAUGGAGCUCGCGGCCUCUCUCAACCUCACCGACACGCAGGUCAAGACCUGGUACCAGAACCGCAGAACAAAGUGGAAGCGACAGACAGCAGUGGGUUUGGAGCUCCUUGCCGAAGCAGGAAACUACUCUGCUCUUCAGAGAAUGUUCCCGUCGCCAUAUUUUUACCCACAGAGCCUGGUGUCCAGUUUGGACCCUGCAGCAGGACUGUAUUUAUACAGAGGACCCACGGCGACACCUCCGGCUCUCCAGAGGCCGCUCGUACCCAGAGUUCUGCUGCAGGGUGGAGCUGAACCCCAGCUGUCCCCGCAUCUGUCCACGCACAUGUCCCCGCUCUCUGCCGCGUUACCGAGACCCACACCACAGCGGUGAACGGCUCAGGAUCCUCAGCCAGGACAAAGUGAGCCGCGCUUUACAGCUGGACAACAGCAGGACGCGUAAUGGCGGACGUGCAGAAGAAUAUGCGUUAUGCGCGUUUCUUGAAAAUAAUCCACGGGACAAACUUGCUUGCAAAGUUUGUAUAAAGUUCUAGCAGAGGUGAAAUGAAGCCUUCUGAUUGGCUGCUGAAGCCGCGCGCCGCUCCUGAACACACGCGGUUGUAACGGCGGAACUGAAGGUCCGACAAACCAAAAAUGUCAGAUUUCAGCUGCGUGAUUACCAGGAACUGUCAGCCAAAUAAUUUAAAAUAAUAACAACAAAAAAGACCUACAGGAAUAGGAAUGUGUAAAUAAUAAUAAUAA